GGUUCCAGUCAAAACAUGGCACUUGUUCGCUGCAUUUUCGGUCCGAGAUUGUUUAGAAUUCAUAAAAAUGAAACUGAACGGGGAAGGAAUUAUGCCCCAAAUGGUGUUGAACAUGGAAGUGAUUUAGUUAUCAAAUGGUUAAGGUUCUGUCUGGGUCUCUGCAGAUGGACGUCUCCUGUUCUGUUGGUCAUGAUGUACAGGAGAAAUUGGUUCAGUAUGGAUGGCCUGGCAAGUAUGAGUAGAAUGGCAGCAGGACUUCUUAUACUUAUAGUGGGAUCAACUUUAUUUCGAGGCAUAGGGAGGUUUACCAAUACAGAUUAUAUUACAUUCAUUGCUGUGCUGCAGGCUGCAAGGAAAUCUCUAACUCCAGAAAAUAUGCGUUUAUUAAGAAGAUAUGAUUUUGAAUUUUGGGCCUGGCCUGUCAACUUCAGUUGGAAAGAAGGCAGCAGAGGUGAUGGCAGCAAACCUCUGAUCCAGCUCCCUGGCACAGCCAAAUCCAGGGGGAUUGUCAGCCUCAUCAAGUUUCUUCCUUGCAAUAUAGUCAGCUAUGUGGUAGCACACACAUUUGGAAGAAGAAUGAUGUAUCCAGGUGCCACGUCUCUGAUGAACACUUUGGUUUUUAGCCCUAUCUUAGAAGCCAGAAGUAAGCUUAUAGAGAAAAAUGGACUCCGAGCCAAAGUGGAGACUCCAGAUGGUAACCACAUAGACACAAUGUUUAUUGAUAGAAGGGACAGCUUUGAAAUGUCCAAUGGGAAAUAUUUGGUUGUCUGCAGUGAAGGAAAUGCUGGGUUUUAUGAAAUUGGCUGUAUGGUGACACCCAUGGAUGCGGGGUACUCUGUACUGGGAUGGAAUCACCCAGGGUUCUCAGGCAGUACGGGAGCCCCAUUCCCAGAGCAGGAACAGAAUGCUNUGUGGUCAUACCUAUCAGAAAGGGGGCUAGUAAACUUAUCAAUAGGACCAUUUGUUCAAAGCCUCCUGUACCAUCGGAUAAGAAAGCUUUUGGAGCUUGAAAUCACGGGUUUUGACUUGAUGUAA